UCAUAUUUUCAUCAGGCAGGUUCGCCUUCUUGAUACUAGAUACUCAUUGUAGUCAAUUUAUUACGGUUGAUUCCAUGUUUCUUUAAGAUUUUAAAUAUAUUAUAUUUUGUAAUUUUUCUGCGUAAUAGUCAUUUUAAAGGGUUGUGUAGGAAACGUUAUCUUUUGAAUGGCAAAGUUCUUUUGCUUUUAAAGUGAAAAAAAUCAUUAUCAUAGUUUAUGUAAUACUGUCUAUUAUAGAAUUGAUCAUUGUUAUUUUACAGUAUAUUAAAUAGGAGAGAUUAUUUAUCAAAUGAAUAGUCUUGAAAAUAAUGAAAAUAUAAUAUCAAUUUAAUUUAUGAGUGAAAUAUAAAAGAUAUGAUAUCAAAAUGCCAAUGAUAACGCAUGACGUUAAACUACCAGCUGUUGUUCCAGAAUUAUUAUUAGAAAAGCAUGCAGAUUAUCUUAUUGCUUAUGGAAACAAUAAAGAUGAAUAUACUUACUGUAUGACAGAACAUGUACGAAUGUCUGGUAUAUAUUGGGGCCUUAAUGCAUUAGAUUUAAUGGGUAAACUUGAUCGUACCAAUAAAGAGGAAAUCUUAGAAUUCAUCAAACAAUGUCAAAGUGAUAGUGGUGGUAUUUCUGCUAGCAUACAGCAUGAUCCACAUUUACUUUAUACACUUAGUGCAGUUCAAAUAUUAUGCCUUUAUGAUGCAUUAGAUGUAGUAGAUAAAGAUAAAAUCGUUAAAUAUGUUAAAGAAAGGCAACAACAAGAUGGUAGUUUCACUGGUGAUAUCUGGGGUGAAGUAGAUACUAGAUUUUCCUUCUGUGCAAUUGCUACUUUAUCACUUUUGAACCGUUUAGAUGCUAUAGAUGUGGAAAAGGCUGUAGAAUUUGUAAUUAAGUGUAUGAAUUUUGACGGGGGAUUUGGUUCUAAGCCUGGAUCUGAAAGUCAUGCUGGUUUAGUUUAUUGCUGUGUAGGACUUUUAUCGAUAACAGAUGCAGAUCGUUUAGCUUGGUGGUUAUGUGAAAGACAACUUCCAUCUGGUGGUCUAAAUGGUAGGCCAGAAAAACUACCAGAUGUAUGUUAUUCUUGGUGGGUUCUCUCUACACUCACAAUUUUAAAUCGUCUUCAUUGGAUAGAUAAAAAACGUCUAGUAGAUUACGUUUUGACAUGUCAAGAUAUUGAUAGUGGAGGCUUUGGUGAUAGACCUGGUGAUAUCGCUGAUCCUUUUCAUACAUUAUUUGGACUUACUGCAUUGUCGUUAUUGCAUACUGAUUAUCCAUUGAAAGACGUAAAUCCCACUUAUUGUUUACCACAAUAUGUAGUAGAUCGUUUAGGACUCGUACCAACACGAGUGGAUAUAUGAUUCCAUACAUAUAUACAUUGCACAAUUUAAAAAUAAGUUUAAAUUAUGUAACAUUUAAUUGUAUUACAUUUAUGUAUUAUAAAUCAUCCAUUAUAAAUCAUAAUGGAAUAUGGAAUAUAA